GGUUCUCUUCCUCCAAAAGUCGUAUAAAUAUAACCAUGCCCUGCCUCUUCUCACUCUUUUUUUUUAUUCUUUUUCCCCUUUCCUCUUUUCUAAUCCCCUUUCCACCCUUUCGCCCUUUUUCUCCUUUCCACUCUCCAUCCGCCCCUCCCCCCUCCCCACUCUACUUACUCAUCUUUUGCAUAGAUCUAAUAGUAUCGGGCUCGGAUCAACACACUCUCCCUUCUCUCCAUAUCAUCUUUAGACUCUACCCUACUACAUCUCUACUCCACUCUUUCGUUUCAUUGUAAAAGAAGCAAAAACAAAUGGCUUCCAGAGAAAAGAAGUCCCCUCUCGUCAACUUGAUCGCCGGUGGUUCUGCCGGUUUCAUGGAGGCCCUGAUCUGUCAUCCUCUUGACACGAUCAAGGUCCGCAUGCAGCUCGCCAAGAACGCCCCCAGGAACGCCGCUGGCAGCAACUUGUCGUUCGUGGGUGUCGGUAUGAGGAUUGUCAAGCGGGAAUCGCCCAUGGCCCUGUACAAGGGUCUGGGCGCGGUGACGGCCGGUAUUGUCCCCAAGAUGGCGAUCCGAUUCACGACCUUCCAGUUCUACAAGGACCAGAUGGUCGACAAAAACGGCACCCCGUGGAAGCUGAACAAUUUGUGGGCUGGUCUGCUCGCCGGUGUCACCGAGGCCGUCUUGGUCGUCACCCCCAUGGAUGUCGUCAAGAUCCGUCUCCAGGCCCAGCGCCACUCCAUGGCCGAUCCCCUCGAUAUCCCCAAGUACCGCAACGCCGCCCACUGCGCCUACACCGUUGUUCGCGAGGAAGGCUUCGGCGCCCUCUACCGUGGAGUCGGUCUCACCUCCCUUCGCCAGGCCUCUAACCAGGCCGCCAACUUCCCAACAUACCACUUCUUGAAGGGCUACCUCCAGCGUCUCCAGGACAUCCAGGACUUGCCCGGCUACCAGUCAGCGGUCAUCGGUCUGAUCUCCGGAGCCAUGGGUCCCCUUGUCAACAACCCAAUCGAUAUUGUGAAGACCCGUAUUCAGAAGACCCCCAACCCUGAGGGCUUGAGCGGCUGGGCUCGCUUCACGGACGUGAACGGACAGAUCUUGAAGAACGAGGGCUGGAGGGCUUUCUACAAGGGUGUCACCCCCCGUGUGUUGCGUGUCGCUCCUGGCCAGGCAGUUACCUUUGCAGUCUACGAGCGUGUAUCGAGCUGGUUGGAUAGCAACUCGGAUUCCUUCAAGCUCACCGCCGCUGCUGCCAAGUAAUUGAUUGGCGAGGACAAGCAUCGAAUCCAUUUAACUCAUCUCAAAAGUACAUAGUGAUUUUCAUUAAAAACAUUCAUUUUUCAU